GUUGCCUCCGAUAUACGUCAAAACAUAACCUGACUUUUUGCAUUCUUAUAAUUUAUUAUUUAAUAAAAUCGCCUAAAAUUAUUUAAAACACAACCAUGAAAAUCACUCUAACCCAACUAACCCGGAUAGGAAAAUGGUCCAAACAAUACGCCAACUUACCGGACCGUUACAUAAACAGGGCGAUGGAACAAGUUUACUGGAAAAAUCCAAAAGGGCCUCAAUAUAAACCGAACGCGGUCAUUAAAAGGAAGGAAUUCUAUUUUGGGGUGCACAGGCCCUGGACCAUGGAGUUUAAGAACGAGAAUCAACCCAAUACCAGACGGCCCAAAGUGUUUGUUGAACCUAUACUAGAAUGGAGCUAUUUCCGAGGGGAUAGAGUAGAAAUUUUAGUAGGCAAGGACAAAGGCAAACAGGGCAUUGUAAAACAAAUAUUUGAAGAAAGAAACUGGAUCUUAGUGGACGGUCUUAACUGUAAACUUAAAAACCUUGGAAAAGAUACCAAAAAGGACUUUGAUGGAGUUUACAUCCAAGAGGAACAGCCUUUACUAGUUACAACUGAUGUGGCCCUAGUGGAUCCCUCCGAUUUCCAAGCAACUGAAUUUGAAUGGAGGUUUACUGAGGAAGGCAAUAAGGUAAGAGUCUCGCUCAGGACAGGUCGCAUAAUUCCAAUUCCUGGGUCAGUAGAGGAAACAAUAGAUUACAAAAGCAAAGGGACCUACAAAGAGCAACCCAAAGACACCAAAGCCGAUGUAGUAAGUGAAGUAACUUUCCAACCAAAACUUUGCACAUUUGAAAUGGAUAUCAUGGAAGAUAUGGGCAUCAAAGAGGACAGGGUGCCUGUUAAGUCAUAUUGGUACUAAAUUUGUUUGAUGAACAUUAUGUUUUAAAUGAAAUAAUAAAUAGUUGUUUUUCAA